AAACCAGCAGUUCCUUAAGUCCCGUUCCUGAUAUAAGACAUAGAAAUCUUGCACGGUGGUUGCACAUUAAUUUAGAUCCGUCAACUAUGUUUUACUUGCCCUGCGUAGCGGGACCUCUUGGAAUCCCUUGGUGCCGCUACGCAGACUAUGUUUUAGUUACACUUGCGACAGAAGUGCACAUGAGGUUCCGUAACUAGCACAGAGUUCAUUGCAAUCAUGAAGAAAGAAAAGCGAACGACCUAUAUAGUGGCCGGUGUCUGCUUAAUAGCCAUCAUUGUCCUCAUUGUAGGAAUUGUUUUAAUAGUCAAAUCCACCGAUAAGGAUACCAGCUCAGGAAGCAAAGAGGCUAGCGAUCGAUAUAAAUUCUCCAACGAGGCACUCAGUUCUGGUUUCGCUAAAUUCCUUCAGAAAGUCCAGGACUCAGACUUUGAGGUCUUCCCUGAAGCAAUAGUGUACAAGCCCAACGUUACAGUAGAUGAAAUUAAGCGAGUCUUCAAGCCAUUUGAUUCUUCAUGGAAAAAUCUCAAGAAACGCACAGAUACUGCAAAGGAAUUAUUGGAUGAAGUCAAAGAUUUGACAAUUAACACCAACAAGCUGAAACCCAGAGAAAAGAAAGCUUUAUUUCGUAUAAAGCACUAUCURCAGUUCAACUUUGCUGUACCUUACGAUGGCAAUUACUACGCCGGUGACUAUAUGAUGGGACCGAAUCUCUUUUGCUGGCAACCGAUUUGUGGAGUUCCUAGCCAGGUCGCUUCACUGCGCUAUUUUCAACCGAAAGAGGUGAAAGACCUUGAAGUUCUACAGGAUAAGCUGGCUCUCUUCAACCAAACAUAUCAUUCUUAUAUMCAAAACCUGAAAGACGGCAUAAAAGCAGGCAUGGUACGCAGUGUUGAGGAGUGUAAAGCUGGAUUGGACGCGAUCAAGAGGACAGCCUUUAAAGUUGCUCUCAACGGCCCUGAAGGAAUAUUGAAGGAGGGCGCGGUUCAAGAUCUGCUUUCACCCAAUUUCUUGAAGCACAUAAUGAGCAAAUCGGAAGAUUUAAAGAAAUGGGAGCAAAAACAUGAAAAAUCGGUCAAUGAAUCAGUCAGAGAAUUUCUUGUGGAUUACGUUGGGAAACCUCUUGAUAAUUUAUUCAAGUAUCUAGAGAACGACUUCUCCCAGUACUGCGUCCCUAGUAACAUAUCCAGCGGUCUUGCCAAUCUUCCUUUGUCGUACAUCUACAAAAAUGGCAAAAAUACAGGCACUAAGACGACUAAAAAACUACCCUCAGGGGAGGACUUGGAUGGGAAAAAGUCUUACGACAUGAUUAUGCCAUAUUUUACGACCAAUAAUAUGACCGCUGAUGAAGUGUGGAGAGCUCUCCGUCUUAUCGUAGACACAGGUCUUCACAACAAAGGCUUCUCUAGAGAAAAAGCUUUAAAAUUCUUCGCGGACUACGCCUGGGAUACAUCAGAUGGCGCAUCGAAAGAAGUAACUCGCUAUCAAAGCGAUCCAGGUCAAGCUACAGCCUACAUGGUCGGCCAACUCCAUAUAAUAAAACUGAGGGAAUACGCCACGAAGAAACUGGGCAAGAAAUUCAAUCUGAAAGAUUUCCACUUCUACCUGCUCUCACAAGGGUCAGCUCCUCUUAGUUAUUUGGACGAGAGUAUUUCGAGGUACGUGGAGUGUACGUUGAACAACGGUAAGGGAGACGGCUGUCAUGAUGUACUCUAUCCUGUUGGUAACGACGACAAGACUACUGCAUCAGAUGGCAUCUUCGAUGAUACAGAAUGGGGCGGCUACCCACCCGAGCGCUACGUACCAUACCAUUAUAUAUGAAAAGAUAGUCAAUUGUAUAGAGUUGAUGAUAUUGAAAUGUGAAAAAGUGUAGACGAACAUAUUAUAACCCUUGUUGGUCACGAUUUUAAUUUUCCAUCGUGCAAUGUUUUCAUAUAUUAUAGGUUUGAGUGAUUUUAUAGCUAGUUCAAAAAGUUUUGUUUACGAAAACAGCGAACGAAAUUUACUGUGAGUAUCGAUUAUUUAUUCCGGAUCUUUUUUCUCGUGUUCUCCCACCAUUCCGCGCUGGAUAUUUCGACAGUAAACCGCUUCAAUCUAUCGUUUAUUGCUUAAAUACACUAAUUUUUCCCACUCAUCGCUGAUUGUCUUGCUGCGCUCGUGGGUCCACUUGAGUUUUGUCAAGAGGACAUAAAUCACUUGAGUAUUUUUUUUAAUUUUGAUUCAAAGAAGAUAGAAAGGUUUAUUAGUAAUUAGUUUUCAUUAGUUUUUCAAUAGGUGACCAUUCGUCAUUUCCUAAGUAAAAAAAAACAUGCGUAGAACAGUAUUGUAAACUUAAAGACAAAAAACAUUUCGAAAAAUCUUGAACGAUAACUGCUAUCGAAACUGCUACGUUUAUGCUGUAAUACACAAUGUCCUCUUAAUUGAACUGGGUAUGGUAAAUUCCACCUAGUGGUUCGCUCGUUUCCUCUAACAACCUUAAGUAAAUUAAAAAAAACAUGUUUUGACAACAACUGCGAUCACGAAAGUUGACCAAUACUUGGAUUUUGGAAAGAAGUUAUUAGUAGGACAUCAUUUCCUGGAUCGACCCUGGAGUUCAACGAAGCGUCAUUAGGUCGUUUAAUAAAAUUUCCACUUUUCGAAAUUGAACACAUUUUCCGAUUAGAGUUUUAGAGUGGUUUCAAUAAACCCAUGAAAUAAACCCAUAGCAUAGCAUAGCAUAUACUAAAGUAAACAUCAAUCAUAUCGUAUUCUUUUAUGUACAGCAAUAUGCACAAAUUAUGAUCUUUUUUGCUCAUACAGCCUUUUGCAAAAAUUAUGAGAAUUGUUGAAAUAUCUAAAUAUAAU